AUGGGAUCUAUUAUCAGCAAGGCCAAAUCAAAGACGGGCUCGACCCCAGAAGGUCCUGUUCCAAUGUCUUAUUAUUCAAAUGCACAGAGUACCAAGCCGCCGCUAAUCGCAAACGAUAAUGCAUUUCUAGGCGAUGUUUCGACGUCCGAGAACCUCGACCCCGCGAAACCUAUCUCAGCCGGGUUCUACCGUUUGGAGAAGGGGACGCCGCUUGUAUACGAGUAUACGUAUCACGAGAUGAAGGUAAUCGUUGAGGGUAGCUUUGAUAUAAGCGAUGAGGCAGGCAACAAAGUGCACGCUGUACCUGGCGAUGUUUUCUAUUUCCCCAAGGGCUCAAAGAUCACUUUUACUACGGAUGACUAUGGACUUGGCUUCUACUGCGGACAGAGAAAGAAGGACACCGCAUAA